AUGGUCUCUGCUCAGGGCGUCAGCCCUACCGGCGAAGAAGACGGAACCGCCAUCAUGGACGCCGCAAAGAAACUCAAGGCUGGUGAUUACGUCUUCAAGUCGGCUGUGGGCAAAAAGUAUCUUACGCUCAUCAGUGACGGCAAUCUCGUCACGCCCGAAUCCUCAAAGCAUCCACGCAUCUGGGACGUACGCCAACACGAUACUACAAAGUAUUUCUCAGCACACGGGUUCAACAAGGCUGGUAAUGAGAAGUGUAUUUCGACCCGUUGGAACACGGGUGAUGGUGAUGGUGGCUUCCCUGAUGCUGCCGUGCUCUGGCAAUGCGAAGUCGAUACCAAGAUGCCUGAGGAUACCGGAGGCUACGAAAAGAUCUACCCACCCAAACAGCUCUGGCUAGCUGUUCCUGAUCCCAAAUACCACGGCUAUUACAAGAUUAUUUCGGCCUCGCAUUUGUAUGACAUGAUCCCUCGCUGUAUUGAGCUCAAGAAGAUCUCGGGUGGUACCAAAUUGACUGAAUGCAAGCUGGAUACCGAUAAAAAGAGCUUGCUCUGGAAAAUCCACAAAAUUUAA